CUGAGAGGCAAGAAACUGGGUAGUGUUCAGAGGAGGAGUUGGGACUGGUUUGAUCUGAAACACUCUCUACCGACAUUAAUCUUUUGGUAGACCUCUAAAACUGGUCAGGAUGGAUGAGGUGUUUGAGAAGGGGCGAAUUCGAGAGCUGCAGGAGCAGCGCAUGACUGUGCAGAAAAAGACCUUCACCAACUGGAUCAAUCAGCUCUUCACCAAGGAGCAGGCCGGUAUUUUUCUUACUGAUAUCUACACAGAGCUGAAGGAUGGGAUCGCUCUGAUCCGCUUGCUGGAGCUGAUUUCAGGAGAACAGCUGCCCAGACCAAGCCGCGGCAGGAUGCGGGUUCACUAUUUGGAGAACAACAGCAAAGCCAUCCAUUUCCUGAGAACCAAGAUCAAAGUAGAUCUGAUUGGCCCAGAGAAUGUGGUGGAUGGGGACCGCACGCUGAUCCUGGGCCUGAUCUGGAUCAUAAUCCUCCGCUUCCAGAUCUCCUGCAUUACCCUGGAUGAGGAGGAAUUUGGCACCAGCAGUGCCCAGCGUUCUGCAAAGGAGGCCCUGUUGAUCUGGUGCCAGCGAAAGACAGCUGGCUACGACAAUGUGGACGUUAAGGAUUUUACCCGUAGCUGGCGCAAUGGACUGGCCUUCAAUGCAAUCAUCCAUGCUCACAGGCCCGACCUAAUCGACUACAAUAACUUGAUGGAAAGCCAACCCAUCUAUAACCUGUACAACGCCUUCCGUGUGGCCGAUGAGGAGCUGCAUAUCUUCCGUCUACUGGAUCCCGAGGACGUGGCGGUGCCCCAUCCCGACGAGAAGUCCAUCAUGACCUACGUCUCGCUCUAUUACCAUUACUUCUCCAGGCUGCGGCAGGACCAAACCGUGCAGAAAAGGAUCACCAAGACAAUCGGCCGCCUGCAAGGGAUCGAGAAGUGGAAGAUUGAGUACGAGGCGCUUGUGUCCAACCUGCUGCAGUGGAUCAGCCGGAAGGUGAAGGAGCUGGACACCCGCUCGUUCCCCAGCUCGCUCAGCGGCAUGCAGAGCCUGAUGACGGAUUUCAAGCACUUCCGGACGGUGGAGAAGCCGCCCAAAUACCAGGAACGAGGCCUCAUCGAAGCUCACCUCUUCAACAUCAGGACCAAGCUGCGAGCCAAUAACAUGAGGCAGUACAUGCCCCCCGAGGGACGUCUGCUGAGUGACAUCGAACGGCACUGGGAACUCCUGGAGAAGGCUGAGCACCGGCGGGAGAAGGCCCUCUUGCAGGAGAUGCUGAGGCUUCAAAGGCUGGAGGAACUGGUGCAGAAGUUUCGGAAGAAAGCUGUCCUGAGGGAGACAUACCUGAAUGAGAUGACCUCCGUGGUGGCCAAACAAGGCUCCGGGGUGGAGAGCUCCGAGCAGGCCCAGGCGGCCACCAAGAGACUGGAGGCCAUCUCAGCUGACCUGCUGGCUCGGGAGCAGAGGUUCAGGGCGCUGGCUGAAAUGGCUCAUGUCAUCGACACAGAGAAUUACCACAGCAAAGCCGAGAUCAUGAGACAGCAACAGGAGAUUGACUGUCGCUGGAGAGAUCUGCUGGUUAAGCUGUCCAGCCACCAGGACUCCCUCAGAGAGCUGGGAAACACCCAAGCCCUGCUGCGAGACAUCGACAUUGCCCAUAAGGAGAUGGAGGCCCUGCAGGUACUACUCAGCUCAGAAGAUUCUGGAAAGAACAUGUUGAAGCCAGCAGACCUUUUACGGAAACACAAUGUGAUGGCGGCACAAGUGGUGGCACAGGGUGAGGUGCUGCGACACAUUAACCAGAGGUCCGAGGAGAUGGGACGGGCUCCCGGCGUGUGGGACCGGCUGCAAAAACUCAACAACCUUCACCGCACUCUGCAGAGACUCAGCACAGCGAGACAGAAGCGGUUGGAGCAGCGGCAGGCGGUGUUUGAGAUUGUCCAGGAGUGUGAGGAGGAGCAGGCAUGGAUAUGGGAGCGAUGGCAGCUGGUGCAUUCUGCUACACUGGGCCGAGACGUCAGCCAGAUCACCGCGUCCAUCCAGAAACACAAGACCCUGGAAGCGGAGUGUAACUCGCACCAGUCUCUGUGUUACUCGGUGGUGCAGGCGGGCGAGGCCAUGAGCCGGGGGAGUGCGGGCAGUGAGGGCGAGCUCAGCGAGUGGGUGAACCGACUGCGCAGACACUGGCAGCGGUUGCUGGAGGCGGUGGCUGGCCACCGAACCCGCCUCCAGGCUGCUCUGCUCAUUAAACAGUAUUUCACAGACGUCAAUGAGGUUGAGUCGUGGCUCAGGGAGGUGCGUCCUCUCCUCGGCAGUGAUGACUAUGGAAAGGACGAGUCGAGUGCCAGCGCCCUGCUCCAGAGGCACCUGCGGCUGCAGCAGGAUAUCAGUGCCUAUCGCAGUGAGCUGCGGAGACUUGCUGAGCAGGCCAGGACAGCAGCAUUGCAAGCUCCCAUCACAGUUGAAGCCCAGGACGGGAAGGCGAUGGACACUUUGUGGUCUGAUGAUGAAGGAGAGACCACCGUGCCUCGCGCGCACACCCCGAGCGUCACGGCACAGCAGCACGUCCCACGUGUUAGACUCCAUGAGGCCUACAGAGGGGUCCUGGUCCAGUGUGACAAAGGUGACGAGCUGGAGGUCGUCAGUAAAACCAACGCGGAGACGUGGGAGCUGCGGAGCCGCGGGGGCCCGACCAUCAGAGUCCCCACCGCCUAUUUCACCGAACUUCCAGCCCAGGAGGAACGGAGGAGUAUGCGGAGGAGCCGUGCCAACCGGCGGGUGACCGGAGAGCUGCAGCUGCCUGACCAGCACUUCAUCCCCGGCACCAUCGAGAGCACGCAGAGCAGCCUGGACAGCGAGUAUGGGAGACUGUGCCAGCUUGCAGAGGCCAGGCGUCUCAAUCUGGAGGAGAUGGUGCGACUGUACAGACUGUAUCACACGUGUGACGAGUUCCAGUCAUGGAUGAGAGACAAAGAGAAUGUUUUCAAAACCUUUGAGGCCAAAUCAGACAAUGUGGAGGUCAUGCAGAGAAAAUACGAGAACUUCCUGGUGGAACUGGCAGCUGGGAAGGGCAGACUGGAGGAGAUCGACCAACAGGUCGAUGAGCUAAUCAGGAGUGGUCACAGCAAAGCGAGGGCGAUCCGAGAGAAACAGCGAGACAUCCAUCAACAGUGGGAGGUGAUGUUGGCUCUGAAGGAGGAGAAGGGGAGAGAGCUGAUCGGGACGGCAGAUAUGCAGACCUUCCUCUGCAGUUGUCAGGAAACCACUGCGAUGCUCCAGGAGCAAAUCACCCUGUUCUCUAAUCGGGAGUUUGAUCGGGACUUCAAGAAAAGAGUGUGGGCGGAGCGAGACAUCCAUACCCUGGAGGCUAGGAUCGAAUACCUCAAGAAAGUGGCCAAAUCCAUUAAGCAGACAAACCCGGCGGAGAGCGAGGCGAUCAUGGCGAAGGUCAGGGAGAUGGAGCGGCUGCUGUGCAAGCUGAAGGAGCAGGCGGAGCAGAGGAAGCAGAUGUUAUCGGACUCCGACAAGCAGCAGCAGUUCCUGCAGGAGAGCCGCGAGCUGCUACUGUGGGCGUCCACUGUCAUGGCCCGGUUACAGAGCUCGGAGACCGGCCUCGAUGUCACCUCCGCCAACAUGCUGCUGAAAGAGCAUCGCCACGUCUUGACCGAGAUUAACGCCCAUAAACCCAAGUUCCGGGAGCUGGAGGAGCUUGGUGGGUGCGAGGCUGUAGCCCGGGCCGGUUCAGGGGGCGAGGUGGCUCAGAUGAUUGUGAAGCUACGGGAGGCACAGGAGGAGCUGGCUGGGGCCUGGAGGCAACGCAACCGGAAACUGGAGGAGGGUCUGCAGCUGCAGCAGUUUAACCGCGAGGCCGACCGCAUUGAGGCCACACUAUCCGGACACGAUGCCUUCCUGAGGAUCAGUGACCUUGGGGACACGGUGGGCACUGUCAGCAGCCUGCUGAAGAGACACGAGGAGUUUGAAAAAAUGCUGAGGUUGACUGACCAGCGGAUACAGGAGCUGCAGAACAUGGCGAGCAAAAUCAUCCAGAGUGGAAACUACGGCAGUAACACGAUCCAGAAGCGGGUGGACGUGAUCCUGGAGCGACAGUGUAAGGUGAAGCGAAGCCUUAAGGAACGGAGGAAUCUCCUCUCUGCAUCGCACAAGUUCCAGGAGUUCAACCGGGACGCUGCCGAGCUCCAGAUGUGGAUCGAUGAAAAGUACGAGAUUGCGUCCGACGAGUGUUACCGGGACCCGAGCAACAUCCUGCGGAAACUCAAGCGUCAUGAGGCUGUCGAAAAAGAGAUGUUAGCCAACCAGGUGCAGGUGGAGGCUCUGCGGAAGGCCGGACAGGAACUCAUUCGGGAAAACCAUUACGCCAAAAAGCAAGUGGAAUCUCACCUGGAGGAGCUAAUCAGGAGGUGGAGUGAGGUGAAGAGUAAGAUGGUGGAGAGAGGAGACAAGCUCCAGCAAGCCGGGCAAGAGGAACAACUGAUGGAGCUGGUACAGGACUCAGCGGUGAAGCUGGAGCGGAUAGAAGCCAUGUUGCGUGAGCGGGCGGUGGGCUCGGACCUGCGGUCGAGCCGGGCUCUGCUGAAGGAGCACACGCGGCUGGAGGCUGAGAUGGCCAUCCUCGCCGACAAAAUGAACGGGAUUAUGAGCCGGGCGCACUCCAUCGCCACAAACCACUUCAACUCCCAGAGCAUCCUCCAGCUGACUCGGAAACACCUGGAUUGGUUCCAGUCUCUGCAGCUGCCCCUGGAGCAGAGGCGACGGCUGCUGGAGGCCACGGUCAGGCUGUACGAGUUCUAUCAUGUCACUGAGCUGGAGAUGACCUGGGUGUCAGAACGCAUGGCGGCAGCCACCUCCAACAACUAUGGCCGCUCCCUGGGCACGGCUCAGAACCUGCUGCACAAACAGAGGGAGUUAAAGCUGGAGGUGAACACUCACAAGACUCAGGUGCAGAAGGUGCUGGACAUCGGAGCCCGAAUGAUGGCCGAGCAGCACCCCAGCGCAACCAGCAUCGCUGGCAAACGGCAGGAACUGGAGGCGGUCUGGCAGGAGCUGGAAAGAGCCUGUGAGGAGCGCAGGAGCAAGCUGCAACACACCGUCCGCUUCCAUCAGUUCCUGGUCGACCUGGGGGAGCUGGAGGUCUGGGCGACUGAGAAGUUGCCGCUGGGGUCCAGCGAGGAUUACGGGAAGAAUGAAGCUGCCACUCAAACACUGCUCAAAAACCACAAGGCGCUGGUCAGUGAUGUGCAGGUCCACGCUCAGCAGCUGCAGAGAAUGGAGCAGGAAGCGAUGGACCUCCCGCUCAGAGGGGUGAUCGGGUACGACAUGGUGGACGGGCCCCAGGAUCAGGCGCGCAAACGGCUGGUGAGACUGCAGGAGAAGUGUACGUUAAGGAUGGUGAAGCUGACCGAGUCUCUGCAUUGGCAUGAGUACAUGAGAGAGUGUGAGGAGCUGGAGCAGAGAAUCACACAGCAACUGCAGACAGCUGCCUCCCAGGACUACGGCUCAGACUACGAACACGUGCUGCAUUUGCUGGCUCUGUACGAGGUGUUCCAUCACCAGGUGGAGUCCGGGGAGGAGCGGGUCCACGCGUGCCAGGCCCUGGCCAAGACCAUGGUGGAGCAGGGACACUCAAAGUCACAAGAAAUUGUGGAGAGACAGAAAGUGCUCAGGGAUCUGUGGUCCCAGUUGCUGGACAUGACUCGGGACCGAGGUCGGGGGCUGGGGACGGCUGAGCAGGUCCACAAGUGUAUCCGAGAGCUCGACGAUGCUCUCAGCCACAUUGAGGAGAAACGAGCCAGCAUCCCCGACGACAUAGCCAAGGACCUGCGUGGCGUUCAGGCUCAGCUCCGCAAGCACGAGGCCGUGGAGCAUGAGCUGAUCGGUGCCGAGCAGCAGCUCCAGGAGCUGCUCGAUAGUUCGGACGCAGUGCAGGAGCGAUGUGGCCUGGAGGCGAGUGCUGCUGUGCCCCUCAGGCAGCAGGUGGUGGUUGACAAGUGGGAGGCCCUGAGGAACAAGGUGAACCAACGCAGAGAGGAGCUGGAGCAGGCCUGCAAGAUCCAACACUUCCUGGCGUCGGCUCGCGACUACUUCUCCUGGGUGGCCGCCCUGACCAGGGAGAUGAAGGUGGAACAGAGCACGCGAGAUGCCGCCACGAUCGAGGCGAACCGCACCCAACACCAGCAGCUGCGGGCCGAGCUGGAUGCCCGGGAGGAGAGCUACCAGCAGGUGCUGAGCCUCGGCCAAGAGAUCCUACAGGAGGAGAUGGUCUCCGCCAAAGAUGUUAGAGAGAAGGUGCACGCUCUGCAGGAGAACAGGAGGCGCCUGCACCGGCAGUGGGACGAACGUCAGGCCUGGCUGGAUCGCGUCUACCUGGAGCAGGUGUUCCACCGAGACGCUGAGCACCUGGAGAAAACCAUGAACUCUCAGGAGGUUUACCUGCGCUCGAGUGACCUGGGGGUGUCUGUGGAUCAGGUGGACUCACUCAUCAGGAGACACGAAGCCUUUGAAAAAUUACUGGCCAGUCAGGAGGAGAAGGUGUUGCAGUUGCAGGCUCAGGCACAGCGGCUGCAGGAGGCGGGGGGGUCCGUGGUAGGGGCCGGGGCUGGGGAGGUGCAGGUCCGCCUCAGCGCCGUGCUCCAGCGUCGCCAACGCAUCAAACAGCUGUCAACGCUGCGCAGUCACCAACUUGGUAUCGCUCGCCGCCUCGCACACUUCAACCAGGACCGGAGACAGGCAGACAGCUGGAUCACGGAGCGGAUGCAGAAGCUGAAGGAGAGCUUUGUGGUGGAGGCUCAGAACCUACGUGAAAAACUCAAACUCCUGCAGAAACAUCAGGCCUUUGAGGCUGAGAUCCUUGCCCAUGAGGAGAUCAUCACCAGUGUGACUGUGGCGGGUGAGGAGUUGGUGGCAGGCCAGCAUGCCCAGGCGGCUGAGAUCCGAGCUGGUGUGCGGGCUCUGCUGCAGCAUUGGGUGGAGCUGAAGGCGGCUGUAGCUGCUCGCGGGAAAAUGCUAGAGGAUCACCGUGAUUUCCUCGAAUUCCUGCAGAAGGUGGACCAGGUGGAGGCCUGGAUCCGAGAGAAGGAAGUCAUGAUCAAUGUGGGGGACGUGGGCAAAGACUAUGAGCACUGUCUGCAGCUCCAGAAGAAACUCAAUGAAUUCCGAGGAGCUGGAUCCCGGGAUAUCACGGUGGACGAUGCUCACAUUAAAGCCAUCGGCACUCUAGCCACCAGACUGGAACGGCAAAACAAGGAGGAGCUGGUGACUGUCCGCCGGAGAAAACAACAGCUGAACGAGAGGUGGACUAAUUUUCAGGGGAAUCUGAAUAAGUACAAGAAGAAGUUGGAGGCAGCCCUGGAGGUUCAUGCUCUGAUCCGUGAGAUGGACGAGAUUAAGGAGCGUAUGCGAGAGAAGAGCGCUGCUAUGCAGGGCCUGGACUUUGGCCGAGAUGUGGCGAGUGUGGAAAUCCUGCUGAGGAAACAGAAGGAAACAGAGCUGGAGAUCACUGUGAUCCGAGACAAGACAGAGGCUCUGGAGGCUGAAUGCAGGCAGCUGUCCACCUCGCGGUCGCCCCUGUGUGAUCAGCUGAUGCAGAGGCAGCGAGAGCUGCAGGAGAUCUGGCAGCGACUUCAGAGAGAAGCCAAGCUCAGGAGGGAGAGGCUGGAGGCUGCCUACCGCUUACACAGGUUCAGUCAAAGUGCUCGGGAGCUGCUGGACUGGGCGGACAGUGUGGAGGCCCUGAUGGCAGAGGGGAGGCUGCCAAAGAGCAAGCUGGAGGCCGAGAGCCUGAUCCAGGAGCACUGGGAGAGGAGGGCUGAGAUGCAGGCCAGGGAGGAACGCUUUGCUGCGGUGCAAACGGUGGGGACUGAGCUGGUGCAAUGUGGGCACUCGGCUGCCCCGGAAAUUCGGCACACACUGGCACAGGUGCAGGAUGCCCGGAGAGCCCUGGGACACAGCUGGCAGGAGCGAGACCUCAGGCUGGCCGAGGCACGUGAUCUGCAGGUAUUUUAUGGCUACAUGGAGCAGAGUGAGAGCUGGCUGAGCAGUAAGGAGGCGUUCCUGGCCAAUGAGGACCUUGGGGACUCGUUGCUGAGCACGGAGAUCCUGCUGCGGAAACACGAGCACUUUGAGGAGACGCUUAUGGGCCAACUGGAGAAGGUGGACGUGACCGAGAGGUUCUGUCUGCGUCUCAAACAGAGAGACCACCGCGACUCGGAGAACAUCAGUCGCAUGUGUCACGGCCUGCUCCAUAGGAAGAAAGUGGUGCUGGAAAAAUGUGAGUCUCGCAAGAGGAAGCUGAGAGAGUCCCGGCAGCUGCACAAGUUCCUGAGGAGUGCCAAUGAGGCCGCCAUGUGGCUGAAUGAGAAGUUGAGCGUCACCGAGGACCAGAGCUGGAGGGAGCUCAGUAACUUACAGGGCAAACUGCAGAAACACCAGACCACAGAGGCAGAGGUGCAGGCCAACCAGAACAGGAUCUGUGGCAUCAGCACGGAGGGAGAGCAAAUGAUGCAGGAUGGCCAUUACGCAAGCGCUGAGAUCGAGCCGCGAUUCAGGCAGAUCGAGGAGCUCUGGAAGAAGCUGCUGAGCACAUGUCAGGAGAAGAGAGCCCACCUGCUGGCUGCCAGCGAGGCUCUGAGCCUCCAGCGCAGUGUUGAGGACAUGGAGCAGUGGCUGGCCGAGGUGGAGAAGCAGAUGUCCAGCGAGGAUUGCGGCAGCGAGCUGGCCUCGGCCAGGCUGCUCCUGGCGAGGCAGCAGAUGCUGGAGGAAGACGUGACCGGACACGUGGAGCGGCUGCAGACCCUGCAUGACAGGUCGGCCGGCUUCAGCAGCGGCCACGUCCUGGGCCAGCAGCUCCGUGGCAGAGUGGACCGUGUCCUGGAAAGGUACAACGCUCUGGGGAAGCCGAUGGAGCGGCGACGGCAGAUGCUGGAGGCCAGUCUGCAGCUGUUCGAGUUCCUGCAGCACCUGGAGGACGAGCGGGCCUGGGUCCAGGAGCGGCUGCUCCGGGCUUCUAACCGCGACUGCGGACAGUCCCUCACUGCCAUCCAGAGCCUGCAGAAAAAACACCAGGCGUUGGAGGAUGAGAUCAGCAGCCACCAGUCUCUGCUCAAGGCAGUGGUGGACACGGGCCAGAGGAUGGUGAAGGACGGGCACUUUGCGGCCAGGGAGAUCUCCAAGCAGCUGUGGGACCUGAAGGACGCAGAGGAGACACUGAGAGAGGAGGCGGAGAGGAGGAGCCGGCUGCUCAGAGAGGCAUACGAAGCACAGUUCUUUCUUACUGAGGUGCUGGAAGCGGGGUCCUGGCUGAAGGAGCGGAGCGCCGUGCUGGAGAACCUGGAUUGCGGCAGGAACGAGGAUUCCACCCAGAGGCUCCUGCAUAAACUGGACGCCAUCGACUUGGACCUCGCCGGCUUCUGGCCACGGGUGGAGAAGCUAACGGAGGCGGGGAACAAACUGAGCAAUGUGGGCCACCCAGACACAGACAGGCAGGGUGUGUCCGCUGUGGAGCUGGAGUAUAAGAGGUUGCUGGGCGUCUGUGCCCAGCGGCGCCAGGCGCUGGGGGAGCAGCACCUCCUCUACCACUUUGAGCGUGAGCGGCAGGAAGUGGACGCUUGGAUCAGCGGCAAACACAGGCUGGCGGAGUCCGGGGACUGUGGGCAGCAUCUGGAGGACGUGGAGAUCCUCCAGAAGAUGUUUGAAGACUUUGAGCAGGAGCUGCGGACGGUGGGUCAGAACAAGGUGACGGCCUUGAACGAGCUGGUCCGCACUCUGAAGAAGGAAUCGCACAGCCGCGUGGGGCAGAUCCUGGAGCAGGCGGGGGCCGUGAACCGGAGCUGGGACGCCCUGCGCGAGGCCGCACAUCUCCGCGGGCAGAGACUGGUGGCGGCAGAGCAGCUUCACCGAUUCCAUCGGGACGCCGCCGACCUGCAGGCCUGGAUCCAGGAGAAGGGCAUCGCCCUGGAGCCUGAGGAUUACGGCUAUGACCUCAACAGUGUCAAGGCUCUGCUACGACAGCACGAGGGAGUGGAGAGGGACCUGGCAGCGAUCAGUAAGGAGGUGGAUCGUAUCCGGGGAGAGAGCCGCCGGCUGGCACAGGCCCAGUCCCAGGCCCGGGAGAGAGUGCAGGCCGAGCUGCAGGAGGUGGUGCUGGCGUGGGACAAGCUACAACAGAAAGCCAAAGAGCGAACGCAAAGGCUACGUCAGGCCGAGCAGGUCCAGGCUUACUUCAGUGAAUACCACGUCUUCAUGGCUUGGGGCAAUGAGACGGAGGCGGUGCUGGGGGAUGAGGAGCAGCCACGGGACAUGCUGGGGGCCGAGUUAAUGUGGAAACAUCACGAGGAGACCAAACGGGAGAUCGAGCAGCACGGCGGCAGGUACGAGGACCUGCAGGCCACAGGGAGACGGCUGAUAGAGAGCGGUCACUUCAUGUCAGAGGAGGUGGAGGACAAGCUGUGCGAGCUCUCAGAGUUGAUGGAUUCGUUGCUGAGGGCCUGCGAGAGACAGAGGGUGGCCUUACGCCGACAGCUGGAAAUCCUGAGGCAACGCAGAGAGCUGCAGCAGAUUGAGACCUGGCUGAGCUCCAGAGAGGGUCUGGUCACCAGUAACUAUUAUGGGGACUCCAUGCAGGAGGUGGAGGACUUGAUCAAGAAGCACGAAGACUUUGAAAAGAUGCUGGCUUGCCAGGACCCAAUUUCCCAGCUGGACGCCGGGCAGAAGGAGGAUGAGGAGUUGCUGAAGGAGAUAAGUUAUAAAGAGAAAGUGCAGCGCGUUCCUUCUCUGAAGAGGAAGGGCUCGGAUAGGAGGCCGUCGCCCUUGAAGAUCUCAGGGAGUGAGACUCCCAAACCGUGGGCCAAGCAAACCAUCGUGAGCCCCGCUCCCAAAUCCGUCGCCAACUUCGAGAAGCUCUUUUCUCCUGUCAGGAAGUCGAUGGGUUUCCAGAGAUUUCCUGAUGUUUCUGGAGAUCCCAGUCAGGAUGAGGGCAAGGAUCAGAGGAGAAGGUCCCUUGUCCAGUCACCAUUGAUUGCAAAGUCUUCAGGCCUUGAAAGCAGUGGGCUGAUGAGUCCAGUACGGAGAUCUUCACUGUCCCAAACAAGCCUCCCGUUAUCCACGUCUGUGCUAUUUUCUGUGGCGCAGAGUGAGAAGCUGCCACAAAGGGCAGCCUCGCCCAGUAGGGUCGACCUCUUCACCAGCCACCUGGUCAGAUCUCAGCUCCCUUCCGCAUCCGAUGACCCCAGCAGCCAGCAAGGCUCCCAGCUCGGUUUCUCUUCGGCCCAAUCCAGAGGAGAGAGACUCGAUGGAAACAUCCCAGCCCAGGAUCCUGAGGGUGCUGAAACCAUGGUGGGUGUGCUGGAGAGGAAACCCAGGCUGCAGGCUGCAAACAUCAAGCCUUGGCAUGCAGCGGCAAGCUGGAGCACCUGUUUCGUGGCUCUUGAAAGGCAGACCCUCGCUUUCUACAAGAGUGAGAAUGAUACCUCACAGACUCUCCCUGAAAUGCCAUCACUCAAUAUCAGUCAAGCGAGAUGUGAAAAGACAGCAGCCAGCGAGAAGGAGCACAGUUUCUGCCUGAGGUUGCAGGACGGGACUGAGUAUCUCUUCUCGGCUCCAUCCCACAAGCUGCUGGAGCGGUGGGUGUGGAAGAUCAGCCGCAAUGCAGGGACGGAUACAGUAGAUGUCUGAGCGAGGCUGAGCGGUGGCAGGCAGCCCAGUGCUGGCCAUGAGACAGAAAGACAGAGCCUGAUGAUCUGCUAACUUUUCCAAGAUCACAUUCUCACGUCACUGGUUUGCUAUUCUGGACAUAUAAGAACAUAAGAAUUGCUGGACGAAAGACCACGGUCCAUCCAAUUCACCUUCAAUCAUCUUGGCAGUCACUUGACAUCAUGUCCCAAACUACUGUAUAUACCGUAUCUCGAGAUUUUAUUUCCUAACAGAAAUCUAUCUAAUUUGCUUUUGAAAAAAUCAACUUUCUGCUCCUACCUUCUCCCUCGAUAGCCUGUUCCAUAUGUUUAUUAUACACUCACUGAAAUAGCAUUUCCGCAGAUUUGUUUUGAAUUUACCCACUUCCAUUGAAGGCCAGGUGCUCCGGUUCUACUGGUCAGGAUGAGAUAAAACAACUCAUCAUGGUUUACAUUAUCCAGUCCCAUUAUGAUCUUAAAGACUGCAAUCAAAUUGCCUCUCAACCUUCUCUUUUCCAGCAUGAACACGCCCAGUUUACCUAACCAAUGCUCACGUUGAAAGUUUCCCAAAUUCUCAGGCCUCUGUAGGUGAGGUAACCAACUGUAGCUCAGUUCAGGGAAAACAACUGUUCUGGGCUGAAGUUGCCACUGGCAGCCUCCGAAUUCCUGGCUUCUCCCUUCACCCUCGCUGUCGAUAGGAACACCUGCAGAGAGCCCCGUGGCUGCCCGAGCCGGGCACUGGGAGAGGUACCACUGACCUGCUGCUCAUUGCAUUGUCUGCUUCGUGUUCUUGUUAAUCCAGACCAAACCCAGGGCCAGAGGGCAGUGCAGAUCAACGGCAAUCAGCAAUAAAUAUCUGAUCAAAA